GUGAGAAAAACAACAACAACGAAAAUGUCGAUUCCAGGAAGCGUUUUGGCGGCUGGAUGGAUCCCCUUUGUUGUGGUCAUCGUUCUGACGCUUUUAUUUUCUGGUCUCUACAUCCGCUACUUCAUGAGUAAAUAUGACAGUGAGCUGAGCACAACCUUGACAGCUAUCAUCUGCCUCGCUGUGGCCUUGAUGACCUCUAUUCUUGUACCUGUGGACAUCUUUCUGGUGUCCUACAUGAAAGCCAGCAAUGGUACAUUCAAGCCUUGGGCUAAUGACUCGCAGACCAGGACUGAUUUGGAGGAGUCGAUCACCUAUGCUUACUACGGUCUGUAUGCCAUAGUGACAUUCUGCCUGUUUUUCCUCCUCCCCUUCAUGUAUUUCUUCUUUGAAGAGAAGGACGACACUGAAGAAACACCUCUGAAAUCGAGGCUGUGCUCAGCCUUCAAGUUCACCAUUAUCUUUGUGAUAAUUAUGGCUGUCUUACUUUUAAUAGGAGCAUUUGCCCCAACCAAACAUGUUCCAAACAUGAAUGAGACAGAGUGGAAAAGGAUUGAGUCCCUGUUCAAGGACUUGGGCAGUAACAAUGGGGAAGAUGCCUUGUCUUUUGUCAUCAGUUCUCUCAGCCUGAUUGGAAUGCUUGCUCUUAUCCUUUAUACUGGCUAUGGGAUGGCAGCCUUGCCGGUCGGUCUGAUUAAGGGGAGCAGAAAUGUGAAGCGUGAACGAAUGAAGGUUCAAGGUCGCCGUGAGGAAACUAGGGCUCGUGCAGCUGCCAUUAGAGAAAAGUACGCCAGUGGUAAGCGGAUGUCAUCACGUGACCGUAAGAGGGUGUCUAACCUGGAGGAGAGUGAACACCUUCUAGACAGAGAGGAUGCACACCUGGAGGCCUGUGACAAGAGCCUCGUUCAGAAAUGUCUUGUGGUCCUGCGGCCAUUUGAGGUCAUCAUCGGCAUUGUGUUUAUAUUGGUGGCUCUGCUGGUAUUCAUCUCACUCCUGCUGACUAACAUUGACAAGGCGAUGCACAGCCUGGGUUACAAGCUGGGAUAUGCCUUGCCGACUCGCCACCUGCCUAACCCAGUAGACAUCGUCCUGGUCUUCACUCAGAAGGUGUUCCCGCUCGACUACAUACUUAUGGACCUCAUCAUUGUGUAUUUUGUAUUUUGCUCCAUGUCUGGCAUCAGGAAUAUCGGCAUCUGGUUCUUCUGGCUCAGGAUGUACCGUAUCCGGCCGCGGCGCACCAGCCCUCAGGGCCUCCUCUUCAUGUGUUUCAUCCUUAUGCUGAUUGUACUGGCUGUCAACAUUGUCCUGUAUGAACUCACUCCACAGUACUCCUCCUUUGGCAGUCAGCAUUACAUCACAGACAAUGGUACCUUAACAGUGUGCAGUACCGAUGCACCUCCAGGAGAGUGUGUGAUAACGCGAAUGGCCUUACUCCUGACACGCUUUUUCUACAAGAUGUGGUUUUUCGGAGCUGCCUAUUACUGGGGAACAUGGGUGUUCUUGUUGAUGAUUUUACUGGGGUUUGUCAUCACCACGGUGAAGAAGAGCAGAUCAGCCAUCGAUGGUGCUGUUGAUAAGGAUGACUUUGAUGAGAGCGAUGAUGAGGACAUGAUUAGAGCAUAGAUAUGUCAUACUUAUCCAUGCAUCUGUAUGUGUACUAAUGCCAACAAGCUGUGAUCCUUAUUGUACAUGUGUAAAUAUUUAUAUAUACAUGUGUAAACAUAUAUAGAAUGAGAGAGAGAUAGACACGGACUGUAAUUCUUCAACCCUUUCCAAAUGUUUGCAAGGUGUUUAUUCAAUCAUCUUCUAAAGGCAUUAUUCUGUGUUAAUUGAUAAAACUAUACUUUUUGUGAAGCCCUGAAAUUGGCUAAAUUACAAAUGUGUUUGAAUUGCACUGAAAAUUGCUCCUUCAAGUGAGAAAAUGUUGAGGAAUUCGAGUUACGUAAGUAAAGUUGAUCCCGUUGUUACUGGUACAUGUGUAUGGUAUGUAUCUAUCCCUGUGUAAGAUUUGCACCAAUGUUCAACUUAACUGUGCUAUUUGAUUGUUUUCUCCUAAACUGAAGUGAAACAAACUUAUCUGAAAAAAGACAACAAAUAAUAUAAGCUGUAUAGUUAUUGGGGAGGAACGGCGACAGCCAUUUUAUUUCGAUGUACCUGAUACAACUAACUCUAAAGAUCAACUAUCAGUCAGGAAUCCUCUCACGGCCAUGGGAAAAAACAUGUUACAGAAACUGAAAACCAAAUAACUUAUAAAUGCUAAAAGUCAAAAGAAGAUCAUAUCUGUAGUCACAGGAUGAAAGGUUUUUCAUUAUUUGUCAGAGGUCGGUGGUUUCCCUCCAUUAACCUUUAUUUUUAUAAGGGGAGACUACUUUUAUUGGUAUUAUUUUAGCUAGGUGUACACUAUGUCCAUACAUGUAAAUAUAUGAAGUGAUAUGAAUUUUAGUACAUCUGUGUCACGCUUGAUGUGUGUUUAUACUGCUAUCUUACUGUAAUAUUUAAAAAUGAAUCGUAUCAUUAAUAAAAAACAUAUAAAA